GACGAUGGUGGAAACGUCCCACAGAAGAGACUCACUCUUAUCCAAACAUCUAAGUCUUGCAGCUCCUCACGUGUCGUUUCAGAUCCGUCUGUGGUUCCUAGCGUGCAUCAGAUCCUGCCAUCAGGCUAUUGGUGGUCUCUGCUGUACGCCACGGGCGUGGCCUUGCUCUGCCUGCUGGUGUGCCUGGUGGGAGCCCACAUCUACGCCAAGGCCACCUUCGUCAUCUUCCUAGUGGUCAUCUUCGUCCUGGUCAUGAUCUUCAUUAGCUUCUUUGUGGUGCAUCCAAGAACAAUCGUGCUGCCGAGCUCCAGCGCCUUCGGCCCUCAGGUGAACGGGACGGAGCCCAGGUUUCCCACCACCGCUAAUUUCACUGGAUUCAAACUGGAAACGCUGCUGGGAAACCUGUACGGUGGCUACACUGAGGAUUACACCACAGGGAAGAUGAUGACCUUCGCCACGGUGUUCGCCGUGAUGUUCAACGGCUGCACCGGCAUCAUGGCCGGCUCCAAUAUGUCAGGUGACCUGAAGAACCCCAGCUACGCCAUCCCCCGCGGCACCAUCACCGCCGUCAUCUUCACCUUCAUCAUCUACAACCUGCUGAGCCUCCUGGUGGCCUGCUCCUGCGAACGGGUUCUUCUUCAGAGGGACUACAGUUUCCUGAGAGACAUCAACAUCUGGAAUCCCUUCGUCAUCACCGGGGUUUACUGCUCCACGCUGUCCGCCGCUAUGAGCAAUCUCAUCGGAGCCUCUCGCAUCCUCUACGCCCUGGCCAAGGAUGACUUAUUCGGUACGGUUCUGUCUCUGGCUAAGAAGACGUCCCACAGCGGGAACCCCUGGGUCUCUGUGCUCAUGUCCUGGUUCUUGGUGCAGCUGGUGCUGUUUUCAGGGAAGCUCAACACCAUCGCCAGCAUUGUGACCAUCUUCUUCCUGCUGGUCUACGCCGCCGUGGACUUGGCGUGCCUCGCCCUGGAAUGGGCCUCGGCGCCUAACUUCAGGCCCACCUUCCGUUACUUCACCUGGUACACGUGCGUGCUGGGCAUCAUCGGCUGCGCCAUCAUGAUGUUCCUCAUCAACGCCAUCUACGCCUCGGCUAGCAUCGCCUUCAUGCUGCUCCUCCUCCUGCUGAUUCACUACCUCAGCCCCACGUCCAGCUGGGGAUACAUCAGCCAGGCUCUCAUUUUCCACCAGGUGCGUAAAUACCUUCUGAUGCUGGACGUGAGGAAAGACCACAUCAAGUUCUGGAGACCUCAGGUCCUCCUGAUGGUGUCCAACCCCCGCAGCAGCGUGGGCCUCAUCACCUUCAUCAACGACAUCAAGAAGAGCGGCCUGUACGUGCUGGGACACGUCCAGCUAGGAGACCUGAGCUCUCUGCCGUCGGACCCCCUCCAGGCUCAGUACGACUCCUGGCUGUCGCUGGUCGACCACCUGAACAUCAAGGCGUUUGUUAACCUGACGCUGGCCGAUUCUGUCCGCCACGGCGUCCAACAUCUCCUCUUCAUCUCCGGACUGGGCGGGAUGCGGCCCAACACCUUGGUCCUGGGUUUCUAUGACGACGGCCUCCCCAAGGAUAAGCUGAUUGAAUCGUCCUUGUUUCCCACCGAGUCGUCGGAUCCCGUGGUUUCCUCCCAGGUCCUGGAUCAGCCGCCUCCGUACCACUUCGCCGCCCUGCGGGGGUCCGGCGAUGCGGGUGAAUUUGGGAACGGGAAGGUUUUAGGCCCCCAGGAGUUCGUCUCCAUCAUUUCAGAUGCCAUGAAGAUGCUGAAGAACGUGGUUCUGGCCCGAUAUUUCAAUGACUUCGACCGAGCGCAGGUCCUCUCGCCGCCGUCCUCGGCAGCGAAGGUGUUUGUCGACGUGUGGCCGGUAAACCUGCUGCGACCGGACAGCUGCAGCUACGUGGACACCUGCUCCCUCUUCCUGCUGCAGAUGGCGUGCAUCCUGAACAUGGUGAAGGCGUGGCGGAAAGCCACGCUGCGGCUCUUCCUGUGCGUGGAGGAGGGGCGGAGCGUCAGAGGCUCGGAGGCCAAGCUGGGCCAGCUCCUCAAAGACCUGAGGAUCAAAGCUCAGGUGUACCCCGUUCCCUGGGACCAGGUGGUGGCGCUGCACUGGCAGAGGCAAGGCGGCUUCAGCAAGAACCAGAGGUCGCAGGCCGCCGACUCCGGCGCCGCCGAGGAGGAGAGCGAAGACGAUUACGUCAACAGCUUCCCCAGCAACGCCACGCGAGUCUCCGACGACUACCUGACGGCCGUCAAUAGGCUGAUCCUGGAUCAGGCCAUCCCGCCUCCCGCGGUGCGUUUCCUGUACCUGCCCCGCCCCCCCGCGGACACCCGCCGCUACGCCGCCUACCUUCACCAGCUGGAUCUGCUCACUCAGGACUUGGGUCCCGCUCUGCUGAUCCACGGAGUCACGCCUGUAAUCACCACCGACCUGUGAGCGCCGGCGGCUGCGACUGAACGGCGUUAAGGAGCUGCAGUAAUGGCCGCCCUCAUGGAGCAGCAGGAUUCCCUCCGGCGCAGCGUCGGCUCUGAUGUCAUUCCUCUAAUGUUCGUUCCACAUGUCCUCAGACCAUAAAGUGCCUUUUCCUCUCUACUGCUGCAGGAGUCGCUUCUUUUUCCUUUCAGAUGAACGACAUUAGAGAUGCUUUUCCAACAUGAAUUUUUUUCCCGGAUGAUUCCAUGUGGAUUCCAGGAAAACAUUCCUUUAAUCAAAAUGCACUAUUUUUCCUGACCUUUGCACGAUGCUCAGACGUGAAAAGCGUUCCGGGCUUCAGCCGCGGCUCCCACUGUUGAUGAUCUCCUGCGUCCUCGCCACUCCGCCGUUCCUCUCAGGAGGCCAUGUUGGUCCGCCGGCCUUCAGCUAAAUUGUUCGGAUGAAUUUAAAUAUCUGCUCAUCUCAUUACCUUAAGUGCUUCUAACGUUAAAAACAACUUUAUGCAAAUUGUGCUCAGCUGUGUGAACAAAGUGGGCUUUAUGUGAGAGUCCUGCUUUUAUCAGCGAACUAACAGACGCUUCCGUAGUAUUU